AUGGCGUCGCAAUUGCCCCAUUUCAUCCUGCAACCAGCGCUCCCAGCAACGCUCUCCGUCGUCGGCGAGCAGCUCGCGUUCGCCGUGCGGCGCGUCUACUGCGUCGGCCGCAACUAUCACGACCAUGCCGUCGAGAUGGAGGCGAAGCAGAAGGACCUGGGCAUCAGCGCCGGCGACCAGGUGCGGGACCCGCCCUUUUUCUUCCAGAAGCCGGGGCUCGGCGCCAUCGUCGACGCGUCGCACCCGAAAGCCGUCGCGCGCUACCCGCCGAAGACGCGGCAGCUCGAGUUCGAGCUCGAACUCGUCGUCGCGCUCAAGUCCGGCGGCCGCCGCAUCCCGGCGGCGGACGCGCUAAGCCACGUCUACGGCUCGGCGCUCGGCGUGGACCUGACGCGGCGCGACCUCCAGCACAAGGCGAAGGCCGACCGCCGGCCCUGGGACGCCGCGAAAGGGUUCGACGACUCCGCGCCCGUCGGCGCUUUGACGCCGGGCUACGUGCCCGAGGGCGGCGUGGGCCUCGAGCUCACGGUGGGUGGCGAGGUCAAGCAGGCCUGCACGGUCGGCCAGAUGAUCUACGGCGUCGCCGACAUCAUCCACCACCUCUCCCACGAGGUCGAGCUCUGCCCCGGCGACGUCAUCUUCACGGGCACGCCCGCGGGCGUCGGACCCCUGCAGGUCGGCGACGAGGUCACCUGCACGGCGACCGACGGCACGCUCCAGCCCUGCACCUUCACCGUCGCAGCGCCGCUCUAA